AUGGGUGAUCGUGAUCGUGAACCUGCCCCUAUCACUCGAGCAGACUUGGAUGCUCAAGCUGAACAGAUUACAAACUUAACUACUCAAAUUAGAGAACUUCGUGAGAUGUUGGUCCAAGCCAUCGGUCCAAAUAAUCAUAGAGUUGUUGGAGUCAAUAAUCUACGAGUUCCUAGGCUCCGUGUUCAAGACAGCGAAUCGGAGUCCGAAGAAGAAGAUGUGGAACCACAUGCAGCUAACAAUCCAAACCAUCAAAACCGCAACAACUUUGAUGACUUUCGGAUUAAGGCCGACAUUCCAACUUUUGCAGGAAACCUUAAAAUCGAAGAUUUCCUGGAUUGGCUAGUUGAAGUAGAAAGAUUCUUUGAUGUCAUAGAGGUUCCCGAGACAAAGAUGGUGAAGAUGGUGGCCUUCCGUCUCAAAGUAACUGCCGCUGUUUGGUGGGAUCAAUUACAAAAUACUCGGCAGAGGCAAGGAAAGAAUCAAAUCCGCACUUGGAGAAAAAUGAAGCAACUCUUGAUGGAUCGUUUCUUACCUACGGAUUAUGAACAGCUUUUGUAUCGUAUGUACAUCAGCUGCGUCCAAGGCAACAGAAACGUGACUGAUUAUACGGAUGAUUUCAUGAGACUUGCGGAGCGAAACAAUCUGAUGGAGACAGAAAAUCAAAGGGUUGCAAGGUUCGUGAAUGGAUUGAAACCCUCCAUUCAAGAAAAGAUUGGGCUGCAAAAUCUGUGGAGUUUGCAAGAGGCCAUUAACAUGGCCUUGAAGGCGGAGAUAAUAGAGAAAGAAAGGCGACAAACCUCUUUCCGGAGGAACGUGACGGAGCAUUUUGAAAACCCUGUUGUCUCGUCCACCGACAAAGGGAAUUCUGUGCCACAAAGUUCGGGAGAAUUGAAACCUUCAAGUUUUUCUUCUCGAGCAGCAAAUGAAGGGAGUAGCAGAACUUUUAACAAGGGGCAGAAUAGAAACCAACCUCCAAGGGAGAAUCCGUACGCCAAGCCUAUGGGAGACAUUUGUUAUCGUUGCAACAAAAUUGGGCAUCGAUCUAACGUUUGUCCUGAACGGAGACAAGCCAAUUUGUUGGAGGCUGAAGGGGACCAAGAAGAAGUUGGUGAUGAUGACUAUGAAGGCGUUGAAUUCGCAACUGAAGAAGGAAUGGAUCGUCUCGCUUUGGUGUUGCAGCGAGUUUUUUUAACACCAAAAGAGGAUGGGCAACGACACUGCAUUUUUCGUUCUCUUUGCUCCAUCAACAACAAAGUUUGCGAAGUGAUUGUAGACAAUGGAAGUUGUGAAAAUUUUGUGGCCAAGAAAGUGGUGGAGCGUUUACAGCUACCAACGGAGCCUCAUGUCACCCCAUACUCACUUGGAUGGGUGAAGAAAAGACCUUCCGUUUAUGUCACAGAAACUUGUCGUGUCCCACUUUCCAUUGGUAAGCAUUACUGUGAUGAAGUACUUUGCGAUGUUAUUGAUAUGGAUGCUUGUCAUAUACUAUUAGGGAGACCGUGGCAGUUUGAUGUGGAUUCGACAUUGAAGGGUCGAGAUAAUGUGGUGUUAUUUACUUAG